AUGGAGAUUCAGCAGGAGAAGAGCAGCCCCGGGAAGCUCAGUCCUGCUGCAACCUUCACGUACCCGCUGAACACGGAGGCCUCGAUGGCCCCGCAUCCAGACCCUGGGGCUUGUUGCCACCACCCUUCACGAAUAGCUUCUGAAAUUUCCCUGAGGAAAAAAGUCUUAGAAUUCUAUGUUAAGUUCUUCGUGGUGCCCCUUCAGCUGCUGACCCCCUCGUGUGUCUGGGAGCAUCUCGUCGGUAGAUCUCCUCAAAAUCAUCCAGGGGCCCCAGAAGUGGGGGUGCGGAACGCGGGUGGGGGUGGGGGUGCGCAGUGCACGGAAAAAUGCCCCGAGAAGCAGCCGGACUCCGGGAAGGCUGAAAAGCUGCAGGGACGGACUUGGCGAGGGGAGGCGCAGACUCUUACACUCCUUGAGAUGCUCGCGGCGUUUUUACGAUUCCCUGCACUUCCCUCUGACCCCCACGUUACCCCUGGCAGCCCCCGCCACUGCCGGGCUGGGGAACACCUGCGGGGCACCUGGUGCGCGGGGCCAGGGAGCCCGUUCAGGCCCUCGCUGCCCCUUUAA